AUGGAAACAGAGACCUACGUGGAUACCUGGGUUCACUACCACGAUGGCGGUGUCCCUGGUCGAAGACCAGUCCUCAAAGGCAUCGAUGCCAAAGAAACUUUCAACGAACUACCUAAGAUCGACUUUCAACGCAUAUACUCAGACGACCUUGAGGAUAGGAAAGAGCUGGCCAGAGAAGUCGGCGCCGCGUGUCGAGAUAUUGGGUUCUUCUAUGCAGUAAAUCAUGGAGUGGAUGAUGACAUAUUGGAGGGCACAUUCGAUGCAUUGAAGGAGUACUUUGCACUACCGACAGACGUCAAGAUGGAGACUCACAAUCAAAAGACCGAGAAGUUUAGAGGUUACGAAGCUUUUCUCGAAGGAAAGCUUGAUCCAAGUACACGAGGAGAUCUCAAGGAAGGCUUCCUAAUGGGGGAAGACUUUACAGACGAAGAGCAACUAUCCCUCGUCUCCUCCUUGCCCCCCUCUCCACAAACCUCACGCAACCAAUGGCCCACCCAUCCCUCAGCCCUCUUCUGGCGCCCCGCAAUCUAUCGCUACUACAAAGCCAUGUUCGAAUUCAGCAAACGCAUGCUCCACAUCUUUGCACUCGCUCUCGAUCUCCCCGAAGACUACUUCGAUACCAUAACAACGCACCCCAUGACCAACGUGCGCGCUGUCCACUACCCACCUCAAGAACGGCAGAGCGACGUGGGCAUUGGCGCACAUACAGACUUUUGCUGGUUCACGCUCGUCUGCCAGUCCAAAACCGCCUACCCGGCCCUCGAAGUGCUGAACGGAAAUGGUAUCUGGGUCCCCGUACACCCACAGCCCAACACAUUUGUUGUCAACAUUGCCGAUUUCUUGAAGUUGGUCACGGGGGGCUCAUGGCAGAGUACUGUGCAUAGAGUAAGGAAUAUCGGUGGCGAGGAGAGAUAUAGCAUGCCUUUCUUUUUUAGUCCGAACGAAGACGCAAAGGUCAGUGUUGUGCCGCAUCUGAGGGAAGAGGGUGUACGGUAUGAUGAAUUUGGUGUUGGCGAGUAUUUUCAGAAGAGGUUGGAUAUUGAUCGGAGGACCCAUUUGGACGGUGAUGUUGAGAAGACGGAGAAGAAAGAAGAGAAGAGACCAACGAGGGAGAGGAAGGACAGUGGACUUUAA